CUAAUCUUAGGAAGUUUAUCUUCACUCAAAUGUUUGUUGGUUUCAACAUCAAACCGAUACGUAAACAACUAUAAACUAGUGUGGUUAUAGUUGUUACAUGUCCUAAAUUGAAGAAAAAUUAUAAGUAUAAUUAAAAACGUGAUUUUCCUGACAAGUUAUCUUUUACCAACUAGGCGCACAAAAUAGUAUUAUAAAAGGAUCAUGCCGUCUAUUGUAUGGUAAAUGAAAUCCAACACAACCUUCUCGGCUUUACCCAAAGUAUUGUGUUCCCCUUGAAUCUUCUGUUCCGUUAUUACCAAUGACAAUACACAUCGUUGAGGUUUCACAAGUCACCCCCGCUCCCAACUCAGACUCCGUCCUAAACUCCGCCAACUCGUUAGCAAUCCCAUUGAAUUUCUUUGAUCUACCAUGGCUAGUGUUCCAGCCAGCCAAGCGAGUAUUCUUCUACAGACUUAUCGAGUCGACUCGUGAGCAUUUCCACUCAUUCAUCCUCCCUAAGCUCAAGCUCUCCCUUUCCCUCGUCCUCCGCGACUACCUCCCUCUCUGCGGCCGCAUCACUUGGGAGCUAAACGAGCCCAAACCUAGCAUUGUCGUCUCUCAAAACGACGCCAUUUUGGUUACCAUAGCUGAAACUGACGCUGAUUUCUCUCUUCUUUCCGGUUAUGGACAACGUCCAGCUUCCGAGUUACACACUCUGAUACCCGAAGUACUGGUUUCCGAUGAUUCAGCGACGGUCUUGUCUCUUCAAAUCACGUUGUUCCCAGACCAAGGAUUCUCCAUUGGCGUCGCGGCACACCACGGCGUUUCAGACGGGAAAACGUCAACCAUGUUCAUCAAAGCUUGGGCUCACGUGUGCAAACAACACCUCGAAGAAAACAAUGUCAUCUUCUCUCUACCGGAGACUCUAACUCCGUCUCUUGAUCGGUCGUUGAUCAAAGAUACAACAGGACUCGAUGAACAGAUGCUCAAGAUCGUGAGAUCUCUCAAACAAGGCAAACUCAUCGGGAGCAGAAGCCUGAGUCCUAUUCCUGCAUGGGAACUUGGAGACGACUUCUUUUUCUCCACGCUAGUCCUGUCACGCGGUGACGUCGAAAGACUCCGAGAGCGAGUCAAGACCACGUCAUCACCACCAAGUCAGCUCCACCUGUCGACUUUCGUCAUCGCCUACGCUUACGUGUGGACAUGCCUCGUGAAGGCGCGUGAAGGAAACAUGGAGAGACCCGUGAGUUUCCUCUUCGUUGCGGAUGUCAGAGAGCGACUUGACCCGCCGCUUCCGCCGACUUACUUCGGAAACUGCAUGUUUCCGGCGGGUAGCUACGACAGCAAGACGGCGGGGGAUUUUGCGGGAGAAGGAGGAUUUGUAACAGCGGUGGAGAUACUCAGCGGUUUGGUGAAAGGGUUUAGUUCAAGAAAGAUAGAGACGAUUGCGGAAGAAUACAAGAUGGUAUUUGAUUACGCGGAAGUGUCCUCACAGUUCGGGGCGGUUGCCGGGUCGACCCGGUUGUGUGUGUACGAGUCGGAUUUCGGGUGGGGAAGACCCGUUAAGGUUGAUGCUGUCUCCAUUGAUGGAAACAAAAUCUCCAUGGCAGAGAGACGCGACGAAUCAGGUGGCAUCGAGAUCGGAAUGUGCAUGAAUAAGGCUGAACUUGACAUCGUCCUUGCUUUGUUUAAAAAUGGUUUACAAAACUAAACGUUAAGCUUAAGCUUAUUGUUCUUGUUUCUUGUAAUGCUUUUGAUUACUCAACGUCAGUUUCCUACAUUGUUUUUUCGAUAAAGGUUAAGCUUAGCUCAUUGAGUUGUUCUUGUUUCUUGUUAUGCUUUUGAUUACUCAAACCACAAGUGUUAUUGCAACGUGCUUUAUUUAUGAAAGCUAGCAUUUGAGAAAGAUAAUCAACAGUUUUAAGCAUGUCUCUGACCAUAAAAUAGCAAGCAUUUACAUAUUUAUUCUUUGAGUAUCUGGAUGAAUGAGGUAUUGAAAAUAUUUUACAACCAUGAUCUCCCGACAAUGUUACUGCUAAGACUUAUGCUUUUAAGAGAUUGAGGAACACUUUCAAAUCUUCUUAAUAGUGGGAGUAUUACAAGUGUCAUUGUCAGUAGUGGUACUCUGUGUCAUUGUCAGUAGUGAUACUUUGGGGAGAUCUGGAACCAUUGAUUCUCGCAGAAACCAAAUCGAACGAUCAAAAGGAAGGGUUGGAGAAAGCUAAAGACCAACGUAGUCAUAGAGAUGUCAAUUGAACUGUGCAUAUCCACAUGGGUUCGUCCAGUACAAUCUCAUUAUUUGGACAUCCACAUGGCUUUGUCCAGUACAAUCUCAUUAUUUGGACAUGUAUGGUUUUUUUUUUUUGGUCACAAAUUUCAUUAAUUCAAACUUAAGGCGUUAUAAGAGCAUCAUUAUCCCACAUACUCAUUUAGGGGUUCUUAAUCUUUUUUUAAUAAUUUAUAGUUGGAAAAGUAAGUUUAAGAGACUUAGUUAAGAGAUGGGUAUAUUUGUGUGGUACAUUGCAAGUUUCUUAUUUUCAGGUUCUUAAAAACUUCAAAUUUAUUGAUUAAAUAAAAACAUGAAACCAAAGAUUAGUAAAAUAAACCUAAAACAUUUCAUCAAUUCUUGAUAUUACUUUACUCAUGUGGAACAAUAAAAGAACAUAUAGAGGACAUGCUUGAUCUUCUCAUUGCCUUUACCUCCAAGAAAGUUGCUCUAUGUGUGCGAGUCCAAGAGCUGAAGAACUAUCA